GUCAAAGCCGGGCUCGGGCCGGAGCGGGGAGCGGCGCGGCCUGAAGAGUCUGAGCCCUCAGGUGCCGAGGCGGAGGCGAAGUAGGCGUCAGGCCCCGCAGCCGCAGCCAGAGAGAGCGCAGUAGUGCGGCGGCAGUCGCGGGAAUCCCUGGGCCGCCGUCCACCUGCACAGCCGCCGCUGCCGCCGCCUCCGGAGCCGGUCUCCUGGAGAAGGAGCAGGCGGAAGACAACGGAGGGGCCGAGCGCCCAAGCCGCGCCGCGGGGACCGAGCGAGCAGCCGAAGGCGGCGGCGGCCGAGGACGGGGACGGCGACGACGCGGAGGCUGAGAGGGAGCCGCCCGACCCGGCCCAGCCCCGUGAAGCAGGCAGAGCGCAGCAGAGGCCUUUGUUGCUCGCCGUCAUGCCGUUCCCGUUUGGAAAGUCUCACAAAUCUCCAGCAGAUAUUGUGAAGAACCUGAAGGAGAGCAUGGCCGUUCUGGAAAAGCAAGACAUUUCUGACAAAAAAGCAGAAAAGGCUACUGAAGAAGUUUCAAAAAAUCUGGUUGCCAUGAAAGAAAUCCUAUAUGGCACAAAUGAAAAAGAGCCGCAGACAGAAGCAGUGGCACAACUUGCUCAAGAACUAUACAACAGUGGGCUCCUGAGCACCCUGGUAGCUGAUUUACAGCUCAUCGAUUUUGAGGGCAAAAAAGACGUGGCUCAAAUUUUCAACAAUAUUCUCAGAAGACAAAUUGGUACAAGAACUCCUACUGUUGAAUACAUCUGCACCCAACAGAAUAUUUUGUUCAUGUUAUUGAAAGGGUAUGAAUCUCCAGAAAUAGCUCUAAAUUGUGGAAUUAUGUUAAGAGAAUGCAUCAGACAUGAACCACUUGCAAAAAUCAUUUUGUGGUCAGAACAGUUUUAUGAUUUCUUCAGAUAUGUCGAAAUGUCAACAUUUGACAUAGCUUCAGAUGCAUUUGCCACAUUCAAGGAUUUACUUACAAGACAUAAGUUGCUCAGUGCAGAAUUUUUGGAACAGCAUUACGAAAGAUUCUUCAGUGAAUAUGAGAAGUUACUUCAUUCAGAAAAUUAUGUGACAAAAAGACAGUCACUCAAGCUUCUCGGUGAACUAUUAUUAGAUAGACACAACUUCACAAUUAUGACAAAAUACAUCAGUAAACCUGAAAACCUCAAAUUAAUGAUGAACCUGCUACGAGACAAAAGCCGUAACAUCCAGUUUGAGGCCUUUCACGUUUUUAAGGUAUUUGUAGCCAAUCCUAACAAGACACAGCCCAUCUUAGAUAUCCUCCUCAAGAACCAGACCAAACUCAUAGAGUUCCUCAGCAAGUUUCAGAAUGACAGGACCGAGGAUGAACAAUUUAACGAUGAGAAGACCUAUUUAGUUAAACAGAUCAGGGAUCUGAAGAGACCAGCUCAGCAAGAAGCCUAAUUUCCAAUAAACAUCUAAAAUAUUAAAUCCAAAUUCAGCAUUUGCUGUUAGCUAUUCAGCAUCAGGCACUCUUAUUGAUUCAUGAGGAACAUUACUGCUAAUCUGCUGUUAAGUGAACGGUUUUUCGUUUUUACCUUUUUUGUUUUUUUUAGUACAAGUUGGAGAACAUAGCUGCUGCUUUCUUGCACACUAGAGCACACAUGGACUUUUUCUUGAUCUUUGGGUCAUUUCAGAAUUCAAAGACUGUUUGCUAUAGGAGUUCUGAACACAGCUAGGUUCGUGAGGCAAAUGUAUAGAUGAAAGUGUGGUUCAGGGAAGAGGGCCUUGAUAUCAGAUUAAACCUAGGUGUUUGCAUUUAUCUUUGUUAAAGAGCUGAGCACAGUGUGACCUGUGCAGACCUGGCAUUCUCACGUAAGAUUGUAUGCCCUCAUUAAAGAAAGGUCGAGCAGAGCUUUAUUUGAAAUCAGAAGGGGGGCUGUAUCCAAGAUGUGAGCUUUCUGGAGGGAUAAAGAUGAAAUGCAAAGAAAUGAUAUUGAAACUUAGCAACUUCUCAAGUGUGAAGCUUCAUAAGGUCAUAAGGAAAAAUGUAUAUAUGCUUUUCACAGCUUUCUAGAAUUUUUUGAAAUUUGAUUUUCUUGAGACUUGACUUGUAAACUUGGAUAUGUUGAAGGGUAUUUGUUAAAUUUUACUUUUUGAAGGUAUUUUAAAACAGUAGAGCUAGCAAUGACACCUCACAUUUCAUUUCAACAAUGCUUCAACAGGUUUCUUUUGUAUAUAAUUCUUAAAAUGCUCAUUUCUUUUAAAUGAUUUAAUUUGUACAGCAGAGGAAUGUUAUUGUAUUAGUAUGUAUGUAACUAUUACCUAAUAUUGAGUUUUUGCAAAAAAAAAAUGAAUGCUCAUAUGUAAUUGAAAUACUUCAGAUCACAUGAAUAUGCUGAUUUAACAUUUAAGUAUCACAGCAUUAAAAGAAAAACAUCAUCCAACCCUUUGUAUUCAGUUAUCUAAUGGGGUGCCAUCAGUAGGCUGAAAUACAGACCUGGAUCUUGGUCAGCCACACUUUCCUGCAUAUUGGCCUUAUUCAUUUAAAAUUAGUCAUGAGUUUGCCAGACCUAUGAAUGAUAAAGAUUAUGCUAAAUUAAUGCUGAUUCUUUGUGUGUGUGGGAAACCUGUAGAGCACCUUUUCUUUCUUAGAGUAAUCCAGUAAAUAGUUGUGAAACUGAGUAAUUAAAAUUUUGGCUUCUCUUAGAAAAAGAAGAGUUCCUAGUGACAGGUGUCCUCUGGGGAAAUUUAUUUUUUUUAAUGUCCUGUUCCUUAAUGCUGCAAAUUAUCAGUAUUUAUAAAGUAACUGAUUUUGCACCACUUUUUUUGUUACUGUGACCACGGCAGAACAAUGUCUCCUAGAAUAUAUCUAUCUAAAGUCAUUAGAAUGGGAUCUGUUCAUCUUAGUGAUACUAAGAUCUCAACUAACAACUUACAAAUCAGAAUUUGCCAGUUCAAACUCAGCAUGGCUGCAGCUGAUUAAAAAAUUUAUAUAAUUAUUUUUUGCUAGCCUCUCUUACUGAUUGAAAUUAUUUAUCAGCCAGCAAAAUGAGACUACCAAUUGAUGUUUCAGCAGGUUUUAAUACCUCCUUAAAGGAACACCAGUUAAAAAACAGUUAUAGAAAAUGUAAGUAUAUUUUGUUCUAUUUAAUUAAAAUGGCAGUCUACAUUAUGAUUGGUUUUCCUGAGGCUGUCUUUACAAGAAUCUGUGUAAAAUAAUUCAUGUUUUUCUAUUGGAAGAAGACAAAACAAUUAAUCUUGUUGAAAAGAAGAUAUCUAAGAUGUUUAGAAAGGCAGACUUGGCCAUGAUGUAAUGUUCUAGUUCUUGUGGUCUAGUGCUGUGUAUUUGGAUUUAGUGUGAGACCGUUAAUUACACCAAGUGGAAGAAAUGUUUCUUUGCCAAGCUAGUUCUUAGAACUUUAAACAACAAAACAGCUUCCACUUCAGCAAUGAUGUCGUAGCACUAAAGCCUUUUAUAGGGAAGACAGUGAGAGGGUGCAGUUUGUCAAAAACAUUGAUUUGUUAUGGGCAUCUGGAGAUAGUUAAGACUUUUGAGUUUUAAACAAUGUGAAUAAGUUCAAAAAAGUUGAAAAGUUGCAUUUGAGGUUAUGAUCAUUUAAUGUAUUCAUAUUAGCAAAACUCUUAUACUGGAAGUGGUUUCUUUUCUCACUUUAAAGGUUUAAUUUUACAUAGACAGUUAUUUGACGUGAUUUUUAACCCUUUAAAAAAAAAAAAAAGGUGGAUAUGUAUACAAUUGUAACAAUGCCAUGAAAGCAUUUUAUUUCUCCUGAGGAAAAGUGAAUUUCUUAUCAGAAAAUCUGGCUGGCCCUGUAAUUUAAAUUAAAAUAAAAUUUUGGAGAAACAGCA